AUGGAUGACAUCGUCUUGCAAACAUUGGAUGGCGAGGAAGUAGAGUGUUGCAACAGAGUGCUCGACGUCAUUGGUAGUCUACAGCCAUUGGACAUCGCCAACAACAAUGCUGCUGCCGACCAAGUCGAUGCCCAAGACGACGACAGUGAAGCAACAUCACCAACCUAUCGCAUCAACAUAACCGUAGAUUACAUUGAUAGUAUACUGGACUAUGUUGAUUGGUACUUGGAACAUCGUUUGGAUGAUGGAACAUCUGUGGAGGAGAAGGAGGUGAGCUUCAGCUUUGGUGGCAACAAUGACUUGGAACACUUGAGAUCAUUACUAGAGUGUACAAAGGACUUGGAUAUCAAGGAGUACCAAUCACAACUACAAUCAUACAUUGCUCAACUAGAGUCCAAGUACAACAGACGCAUAUCACUCAAUGAAGUAUUACAACAUCAAUCCGAAGAUGACCUCUGGUUAGUAAUCAAUCGAUGUGUAUACGAUGUUACAAAGACGGAUAUGGCAUUCAAGAAGUUGCAUCAAUACUUCAUUGGAUACCUAAGUGAUGCUGACACAUGUCCAGCCAGUGACCAUGAAGAGAAGCCAACCGAAGAGUUCUGGCUGCGGCUAAAGAAGUUAUGUCCAGAGCAUCAACAUAUUGAGUCGAACGAAUGA